CCACGUGCCGGAAGCUGCGCAGUCGCACAGGCCGGCCUAGGCCGGGGACGCGACUGGACGUUGUAGGGGGCGGGGCUACCAGGGCCUCGCUCAGCAGCGGCCGACCCCAUGGGCGCCGGCGGCCACGCGGAGUGCGGGGCGGGCCGCGCCCGCUGAAGGGGAAAAGCCGAGACCAGCUGUGCUGGCGUGAGCAGAUCAUGUCCACAUUGAGGACACCAUCAUCGAUGGAUGAGCAAUGCACUGUGGGGUCUGCUUAUAUCAGUGUAGGAAGAGCUAGGUAUAGCUCUAGUAUCAUGUUUGGCAAGUGGUGUGUGCCGGUGCUGAGCAGGAAAGAAAAGAGAACCAGGGAUUAAAAAUGAGGCCUCAUGAGUCUGAAAAUACAUCAUGUAGGUGCCCUCUAGUUAUGUCUUUGCGAUAUUGAGGUGAUGAUGAGACUAGGACAACAUUAAGUGUAACUAUUUCCAAGUAUUCUUUUCCACUGUGCAUCAUGUCAGCCACAGUCAAUCUUUAUCCAGUACACCAACCUAUCACAUGGAAUUGCCAAUAUCUUAUGAGGAGGCCACUCCAAUAUCAUUGCUGAUGUUACACUGUUUUGUUUUGUUUUGCACACUUUGAAGAAAAAAAAAAUUGCAGAGCCCACUCUGUUUGCUCUACCUGCCCCAUCGUAAAAGGAUAUUUGUAGUUAAAAUAUAUUGUACCCACUCUUAAGUGUGUGUGCCCAUGUUGUUUGUUGCACAUUUUAGUGUAUCAUUGCUGGAGAUGGGUUGUUGUGAUUUGCUUGAGUGAUGUACAUUACAAAACAGCAUUUCAGUGCCCUUUUUUUUAAAGGGGGUGAUGGUACUGGAUGAGGAGGUACACAGGAAGCUUUUGAACCUGAAGUUGCUUUUUCAGGAAAGUGGAACACUGAUUAGAAUAGGACUUCCACUGAGGUAGACUUCAACAUUUAUUAAGCUAAGGGUAAAUAUUGAUGAAAACCAAACCAAAAUAGGUGGUAAUACAUAUUUUUGAACUUUAAUCAGAAAUAUCUAGAUGUCUGUCAGUCUGGUCAAGAAUUUCAUAAGAAUUACAAGGUUUGGAGGGCUUUUUUAAGAUGAGGUUCUAGAAAGAUGAUAAUGCUAUUGGUCGGGAGUGUGACUAAAUAAUUAUAGAUCUCUGAGCCAGUCAGGAAGCUUUUCUUGGUGUACAUGCUCUGCUUAACAUUUUUCCAGGCUUUGAUAUUGAUCUUGGGAGGUAAACAGUUGAAAAUUACUGACAUGACUUUUUUUCCCCCUGUAUGUAGCAAUGAUAAAUCCGUGAAAGCAUGUACUUUGGUAAUAUUAUGACAUUGGAUGGAGAGUUUGAGAGCUUGGCUUGCUUGAUAGUCCAGCAGAGCUGCUCUCUUGUUGAUUCAUUAAGAUAUUACCUUGAGUGAGUCCAGCAAUGUGUUAUUUCUUAAACUUUUCUGAUCAUUGUUUAUUUUUAAUCCCAACGUUCUUCACAACAUGCAUAUGCUUUAAUUUCAUAUAACUGAUGGUGGUGGUGUUCAGAACUGCUAUUGUGGAGUUGAAAUAGAGAAUAAAUGCUUUUAUGGUCUGUAGUUGUACUUUUUUUAAGUAGUGGUCCUGACAGCUUUCGCCUCACAAGCUAAAUGAUUUGGGGCUGGAUUGGUAUUUGGGUGAAACUCCAAAGAACCCUUAGGUGCUGCAGGAAGUGGAGUUGGUGAUUUAGUAGGUAGCACCUUUUUCCUCGGAGUCAGAAAUAAAUGAGUGCCCCAGCAUGGUAGCUGUGGGGGGCACUGUGCUGCUGGAAUGUCAUGUUUCAGAUGUGACAUUAAAAAAGAAAAAUAGCCCUGGAAUAUGAGAGGGUGUUAACCUCAUUGACCUGGACAAAAUCCAAAGUAGGUAGUUGUAUUUCACCUACCUGAAGUUUUAGGGAAAGUUUAAAGGGAUAUGAUAUUUUGUAUACAUUUGGUCUAGUCCUGCACCUACUGAAUGCAGGGAAUUUUAGUUAACUUUUAUGGGUGCAGUACUGGGACCUUGUCUAAAUUGCUGUGUUCUGCUACCUUUCAUCAUAGAUACGGAUGAAUUUCACUGCUGGAUGAAGUGAUUUUUUUGCAUAAAUGUGUCAGCGUAAGGGCUAGAUCAGGGGUUGGCAACCUAUGGCACGCGUGCCAAACACGGCACACAAGCCGAUUUUGAGUGGCAUGCUGCUGCCUGCCACGGUCCUGGCCCCCAGUCCCACUCAGCCCCUCCCCCGCUUCUUCCCCCAGUGUGGUGCUUUCCUGCCCCUCCUUCUAUCCUUGCCUGCUGAUGGCCCUUGCAGCGGGAGCGGGACAAGUGGCAGCAUGCUCACUGCUCCAUAGAGGAGACAGAGAAGAGGUAGGGAUGGGAUCUUGGGGAAGGGGGUGGAACAGGGCAUAUCCCUUCCAGCCCCCUGCCGCUCAGGGCAGGGGGCUGGGAGCACCCCCACGAGCCGAGCACCCCAGUCCUCUGCCCUGACCCCUGAACCCUCCCACCCCCCACUGCUUUCUGUCCUGACCCCUGAACCCCCCCACACCCCCAGCCCUCUACAUUGAACCCCCACACACCCCCAGCCCUCUGCCCAGACCCCUGAACCACACCCCCAGCCCUCUGCCCUGACCCCUGAACCACCACUCCCAGAUCUGGGGUCCUGGCUGCCGGCCCCUUGCCAGUCGGCGUCCCGGCCGCAGGCCCCGCUCAGCCCGCUGCCAGCCUAGGUGAACAGAACCCCAGGCUGGCAGCAGGCUGAGCAGGCUGGCGGCGUAAGAUCAGCAUUUUAAUUUAAUUGUAAAUGAAGUUUCUUAAACAUUUUGAAAACCUUGUUUACUUUACAUACAACAGUAGUUUCGUUAUACAAUAUAGACUUAGAGAGACCUGUUAAAAAUGUAUUACUGGCACGCGAAACCUUAAAGUGAAUAAAUGAAGACUUGGCACACCACUUCUGAAAGGUUGCCUACCCCUGGGCUAGAUUAUGCUUUCUGAUGUGUGUAUGUGGCUUAUACUGAACUUUGCCCAUAGAAACAUAUUUUAAUUACUUCUGUGGGAGAUUGCCUACAUUUAUGAAAAAGGCAAAAAUUGACUCUAAGGUUUGUAAAGUUAUUUGAGAUGAAAGAUGCUAUAUCAAUAGAAGAUGUUACUCUCACAUCUUACAACAGGGAGUAUUAUUGUAGCGUUGUUGAAUUACUAGUAAAAGUAUAACUUUGCACUGUCAGAAAAAUCCAGAUAUUGGCAACAUUCAGGGUAUGUCUACACUUACCUCCGGGUCCGGCGGCAGGCAAUCGAUGUUCUGGGAUCGAUUUAUCGUGUCUGGUCUAGACGCGAUAAAUUGAUCCCGGAAGUGCUCGCCGUCGACGCUGGUACUCCAGCUCAGCGAGAGGAGUACGCGGCAUCGACGGGGGAGCCUCCCUGCCACGUCUGGACCCGCGGUAAGUUCGGACUAAGGUACUUCGAAUUCAGCUACGUUAUUAACAUAGCUGAAUUUGCGUACCUUAGUCCGAAGUGGGGGGUUAGUGUGGACCAGGCCUCAGAGUUGCUUUCUGCAGUUAGGAGGCAAACAGUCACAUUUGGAGGAACAACUUCUUAGUUUAUUAUGGACCCAAAUUAAAUUUAGCAUUUGGAAAACCUGUAGCAGAUCUUUAAUGCUCCUCGCUUGAUGAGCGACAGCAAUGUGAAUUCUUUACAUCUGCUAAUUCUGAUGUCAGUCUGCACCUUUAGAAAAUAGUCCUUCUUUCCCACUUAGGACCUGAUCCUGCAAAUUGCUCUCUGCAGGCAGACCCUUAUAUUUGGGCAGAGCACUGCACUUCUGAAAUAAGUAGGGCACUGCAUGGGUCUCAGGGUUAGCCACAUGGAGAAGCUUGCAGGAACAUGGCCUAAAAUUAUUCAUCUAUUUUGCAAUGAAUGUGAACAUCACAAUUAGGUGCUGUUUUAUUUUCCAGUUUCAGUUAUAAACCCACAACAGUUCAUCUUAAUCAGGAAAAGCACCAUGGUUUUCAAAGAAAAUAUAAAAUAUGCUUUAAUCUUAAUUCAGAUUUUAAAUUUAAAUUAAUACAAUUUUCAUUUAACUGUUUGUAUUCGCUUCUUAUUUUUCAGAGUUCUUUGAAAAAUCCUUAGUGGUCUUGACAAUGUUACAAGUGACAUAAAUUAGCCAAUGGCACAGCAUGAUGGAUUCCCAGAAGACUGGAAAUGGUUUGCAAGUGAUUGGACAAGGGACUGGUAUAGGGAUAUCUGCACUCCACAUGGUGGGGUAUUCGGGAAAAAACUGUAAUUCUGCUGAAGUAACGUCAGAUGAGUGCUGCCCAGCCUGUAAAGAGAAGGGCCAGAUACAAGCUUUACGAACUUACCGCAUUAGUUUUCAAGAGUCUAUUUUCCUUUGUGAAAAUCCACAGUGCAUCUACCCUCUGGGCUAUAAACCAUUAAACAGCAUAAUAAUUCCUGCUGAUUCAGAAAAUCCUCAAACUUUGUGUACUCAGAGAAAAAGGAAGAUUUUUGAAAUCAGUCCUACAGCUUCCCCCAUUGAAUCAUGUUCAAAACAAGCUAGGACUAACAACAAUUUGAUAGAUGCUGAGCACACUUUAAAUACUGAUCUUGUUCUCAAGUGUAAUGGAUAUAAUUUAUCUGUGGCCCAGCCAUGCCUACCUGAUUUAUCACAGGAUGAUCAGCAGAAACAUAAUAGGACGACUGAGUCUCUGGAGCAUAAUGUGGACUUGGCAACUGCUAUUACUGUUGGUGGUGCACAAGAAAGUCCUGACUCUAAUUCCAAAACAGAACUUUUGCCAAAUUCUGAACUUGGUUCAAUAAAAUCUGAAAUCUUGCAUGCAGAAAAUAAACCUUCAUUGUUCAUGGGGCAUUUGUGUCUUCAGUGGAGGAACAUAUAUGCUCUAUGUUGGUUAGACUGUAUUCUGUCAGCACUGGUACACUUAAAAACUUUAAGGAUUGCUGUGACUGAAGCUUGCACUGAAGAAUCUGUAAUCCAGAGGCUGUUUACAAAAUAUAACCAAGCGACUGCACUCUUGAAUGCCUGCCAAACAAAUAAGCUAAAAGACGUUCUUCCAAAAGCUGAGUCGCAUCUGAAUGAAAUCAGAAAUACGAUAUUUGCUCAACUUCAACCCCUGCUUAAGUGUGAAUUGGGUAAGAAGGAAAGUCCAGUAUUUGCGUUCCCUCUGCUUUUACGAAAGGAUCCCCAAGUCGAGACACUUUUCCUGCAUUCUUUUUCAUGGGUGUUUGAAUGUUUACAUUGUGGCUACAGCCACCAAGACAGGUGUAGAAAGACACUAACAACAUUUACAAAUAUAAUCCCUGACUGGCACCCGCUUAACGCUAUUCAUAUUGCUCCAUGUAAUAAUUGUAAUGAUAAAUCUCAAAGAAGAAAAAUGAUUUUGGAAAAAGUACCCUCAAUAUUGAUGAUACAUUUCGUAGAAGGCUUACCACAUAACAAGCUGAAGAACUAUUCAUUUCAAUUUGAAGGAGAUUUCUACCAAAUAACAACUGUUAUUCAGUAUCAACAAGAUCCAAAACACUUCAAAACCUGGGUUUUGAAUCCUGAUGAAACUUGGCUUGAAUGCGAUGACAUCAAAGGUCCAUAUUGUGAAAGACGUGAGAGAUUUGAAGUUCCUGUUUCAGAGAUUCACAUUGUCAUCUGGGAAAGGAAAGCAUCCCAAGUGCCAGAUAAAAUUUGCUCAAAGGUCCAAAGUGUAAAAUCUGAAAAUCUUCCUCUUAAUGAUGUACAGUCAAGUUCUUCUCUAGUGUUACAUUGUGAUAGUGAUAAUGCCGUAGACAAAAUAACUACAGUAUGUUACGAAAAGGAGAUUGUGGGCAUUCCUGCUAAAGAACAACAAAAAGUGGCCAGAGAGAAUGAAAAUAGCUUGCUUUCUGGCUUAGAAAAUUUGGCAGAUGAUGAUAUUAUAACUCUGACACUUGUAGAAAUUCAAGUUGAUUCUGAAGGUAAACCACUGGACAACGGACAGAUAGUGGGAAAUAACUUAAUUGCUGAAACAGGCUUGCUGAAAGAGCAGGGGUCAGCUUGUUCAGAUCAAACUCCAUGUACAGAAGAUGUUUGCAGUCCGACUACCUCCAGCAACAUGUGCACACCAUCUGAAAAUGCCUGUAUUUCCUUACAUCUAGGACCGUUGAACCUAGCGCAUACUACAUCUGCCGUUCCCACAAACCAUUGUAAUGACUCGUCCACGCCAUCACACGCUCAAGAGGCAGAGACCAAAGCUAGCCCAGUCAACACUGAGAAUAUCCUGUUAAAUCCAGAACUCUUGCAGAAUAAGAAAUUACCAUUAAUGGAGAAUGUUAUGCAGAAAUCCUCUAACACCAGAAACACAAGCAAAAUUAGAGCAGACUCUCAAGCUGCAACUUUGUCUGCUACAAAUAAUUCCUCCAAGUCUUUGCAUAAAGAUCAAAGGAGAGGAUUUAUAGGAAGUUGGGUAAAGGGGUUAUUAAGCAAGCAUAAUACCUUCAUGCCUUCAAGUGCCUCAGCCCAUCAUAAGAAAAGUUACAAAAAUCCUUUACUAAGAGCUACUGACUUGCAUCUCCCUACUAAGGGGGCAGCAAAUUUUGGUGGCUUUCAAGCCAAAGGUACAAGCAAAACUACAACUACUGAGGGGGCGCCUAAAUCAGCUGUUUGUCAAGGUGGAAAUCUUCCUCCUUUGUUAACAAACAUCACUGGUCCUUCUGUACAUGCUAGUCUACCUGCAGUAAACCCUGUAGUUGAUGGUCCAACUUUGAAUAAGUCUGGAAGCUCUUUGGGCACCUGGAGUACAGUAAUUCAGCCCAACACCCCCAUCUUUAAUUCCAAACCUAGCCAUGGGGAAAAUGGAAAUCACAAAUCUGAUGUGAAAGAUAAAGAAUCAAAUGCCCAAACUCACAAACUUCGUUUAAAACUGCUUAAAAAACUGAAGGCUAAAAAGAACAAGUUGGCUUCACUUGAUAGGCUGGCAAAAACUCAGAUGUGUAAUGGAAGCUCUCCAAAUAGAGAUGUAGAAGAUAUCUUACAAUUUGGAUCUCAUGAUGAAAGUGAAUCAGUACAGAAUUUAUUGAAGGAACUGCAGUAUCAGAUUGAUGUUGCAGAUAGUGAAUCUGUGUAUAAUACAAACUCCAAUAUGUCACUAUGCAGUAGCCAGAGUAAUGCAGAGUUUUUAGCAGACUUAUUGUCUCCUACUUCGAUUGUUGCUUCUUCGGAGCUUCCAAAAGAUGAAGAUGAGUGUAGAUAUUUGGAAAUGGUGGAUAGCAGUGCUGCAGCACCAGUGCAUAGCGAGAGAACCAACCUCACAUGCGUCACUGUGGCAAGCGAAGACCAUAAUUAUUACAGUCCUGUAAAAGAAAGCAAGUAUGAAGGUCAUACAGACUCACUAAUGAACAAAUCCUGCUUGAAAAGACUUUCCUUUGAAAGUCCCACAAAGGAAGAUAUUCUUGAAGACCUGUUCUCCUCUGCAAUGUUGAACUCAAUAGCAGGUGACAUAGAUUUACCUCAUUUUGAUGAAACUCUCUUUGAAACUUGUUGAAUUGUUGUAAUAUUUGUUUUUAACAUUUUGAGAAUUUUGUACAUCAGCUUUCAUACAAAGUACUAUUAAAUUAUAUUUUCAAACUAGUUUAUUUGCACACUGACUGUACUUGAACAUUGAAAAUCUGAAGUAUUUAUCUUACAUUUCAUUGUGGCUGUUGAAUAAGAUUUUUAGUCUUGUUUAACUUUCUCAAUUGGUUAUUUAAUUGGAAGAGUUGAUCUUUCACAGAAUCUUUUAAUGAAAGUUAAUCUUAUUUUUUUUCCCCUGUUUCAAUGUGCAUUUUUGUGUUUAAUUUAGAAAGGUGAAAAUAAAAUACAUUCAGUUUUCUGGACCACAGGAGUAAUACCUAUAAAUUACUGGAUUAUUUGUCAAACUA